AUGCCGAUGUUUGCAAAAAAAUUCACAAAACUUCAACUAAAGCCCAGAGAAUCACGACUGUCAACAGCACCGAAAUUAACUGAAGAAGUCGAUGAUUUCAAGAGAAUUGAACUUAAAUUAAGCAAUGAUAAAAGUUUGACAUUCGUAAAUGGGGUUUGGAUAAACUUGAAAAAGAAUGAAGACUUGGAUGAUGUUACAAAAACUCUGAAAAAGAAUCAAAAGUUACAAGAACAAAAUAUCAUGUUAAACGCUAAAAUAGAAAUUUUGUUGGAUCUUUUAACCGAAGCUGUUUGUGAAAAUGAAUCUCGAGUUUAG